GUGGAACAUGGCUCAAAAAAGAAGUAGAGAAAACGCUGGUAAAAGCGAUAGCACUGCCAAGGUGGACAAAAAGGCUAUUGAAACUUCAAAAAUUCUCGAAGAGAACGAGAACCUAUCUGAUUUGAGCGAUUCCGGUUUAGAUGACGAUGAUGAAUUUGCCGCUGGCCAGGAGGGUCCUCUGGGAAGCAGCAGUCUGGAAGAAGAUGGUGAAGGUUCUGCUGAUGAGAGCGAAGAUGAGUCGUUUCCUUUGAAGAAGAAGAAGAAGAACACAGAUGAUGGUAGAGGCACCUUCGCGAACGCUUUCAACGCCAUUCUUGGGUCGAAACUCAAAGCCCACGAUAGAAAGGACCCCAUUAUGGUGCGUAGCAAGGGAACUCUCAAGAAGUUGGAGUCGGACAAAUUGGAAGCCAAGGCAAAGCGUUUGAUGCAUUCCGAGAAGAAAGAAUUACAGGAUAAACUUAGAGUUACCAAUCUUUUGCCAUCUGCAAGCGACACUGAGAAUGUGAGGGAAAUCAUUGAGAAGGAAAGGAGACUCAAAAAAGUUGCACAGAAGGGUGUUGUGAAAUUGUUCAAUGCUGUUCUUGCUACACAGGUGCGUACCACCCAUGAUGUCGGCCAAGAAAAGGUGGGAAUGGCCAAGAAAGAGGAGCUCAUAAAUGAGCUCACUAAGCUGAAAUUCUUAGACCUUGUGAAAGCUGCCGGGGAGGAAUAGAGGCUUUGAUAGUUAUCCUCACCCGAAGAACAUUGAGGGAAUACCAGAACUGUGACCCAUCAAUGAAUACAAGACGCAAGAAUAUAGUGAACCCCAAAACGGGCCGAUUAGCUCAUAGACCAAACUUUUGGGAAUCAAGACUCAAAACUGGGACCUAACACGCAUUACAUUAUGUAAUUGACGACAAUGCAGUACAAUUUGUCUAGCUUUUUGAUGGAUGUCACGCCAAUCACAAAAGUACUCGGA